AUGAUGUUAGAGGACGACGACGACGAAUAUCUUUACGGAGCCUCCACUAAACCACAGACUCCAACGCAAGUUCAACCAACAUCGAGUAGCGCUGCCUCAGUCUCUCACCCAAAACCCGUUGAGAACACUCUCGCCACCAACGGAAUCGUCUCUCAAUUGGAAGCUGCAGCAGAAAGCCAGGUUGAAGCUCAAGAACUUCUGCAUGACCGGCAAGUAUCUCCUGGCACGCCACAGCAGGAGUCAACACCGGAAGAUGGGUCAGAUGCAGAUGCAGAAGGAGUAGAGGAAAGCGGAGAAGAAGAGGAUGAAGAUAUUGAAAUUAUCAUUGAUACUGAACGGGCUCCACGUUCAGUGGACUUUCGUCCCAAUGCCCAACGUGCCUCCCAAAACCGAAACAUAAGCUCCUCGCAUCCUACACCAGCAAAAGCAUCUCAACCGACGCUCACGACCGAAUACACACCCAUGCAGAGGGGUGCGGUUGGAACGCCCUCUAAACCUCUGCCUGGCGCUGGCGGAUCAUCCUCGACUAUCGCAGCUUCAUCAUCAAAUCUUUCUGUGCCCGCCUCUUUCAUAACGACAAUACCGGAUUCUUCUGAGGAUGUUCCGGCAGUCGAUCCAUCAACCUUACCCCCCGCAAUAGCUCCACCUUCGCAUCCCAAAAUUGACCCCAAUGAAACCGGUAUGUUGGACGGUCGUUCCAUAUUCGAGGUCGACAUUGGAGCUAUGUCUGAAAAGCCCUGGCGGCGGGCCGGUUCCGAUAUCAGUGACUGGUUCAACUAUGGGUUCGAUGAGAUUAGUUGGGAGGCUUAUUGUUACAGGAGAAGAGAGAUGGGAGACGUUGCUGGAAUAAUGAAAGUGAACGUCCUGAAUUUCUCUGGAAUGCAAGAGGACCAGUUAGCGGCUCUACCGCCCGAAGUUCGACAGAUGGUUAUGACGGGGACAUCUGCUAUGAUGAACCAAAUGAACCAGAUUAACCAGGCUGUGGCGGGUGCUGGGGGCGGUGGAAUGGGUGUAGAUAUGGGAAUGAAUCCAGGGAUGAUGAAUCCGGGAGUCAUGAUGGAUAUGGGGAUGAUGAACCCAAUGGCCGGCAUGGGUAUGAAUGGCGACAUGGGGAACAUGGGUAUGGGUCAAAUGGGCAUGACGAUGGACGGGCAACCCCAGGGUGUCCCCGGCGGUGGUAUGGGCGGUGGUAUGGGCGGCGGUAUGGGUGGCGGUAUGCCGGGAAACAGUACGCCUGAGCAGGGAGGUAUGGGUAUGAUGCAAGAAGGUGGGUUCUCGGGUGCAAUGGGAAUGGGAAUGGAGUUUGGAAUGCAGGACAAUCAGAUGUACCCUGGGAUGGAACAAGGUCAACCACCCGCUGGGCCCGCAGCAGGGAAUGUUGUUCAAGUCUCGGGGCCUGGUGCGCGGCCAGGGGGAGCAACACCACAACCGUUUUCUGGAAGAGGAAGAGGCGUUACACCGGUUCCGGUGGGUGGGCGUGGACGAGUGACACCAUUCCCAGCAAGAGGCAGAGGCAGAGGAAUGUAUGGUCCUGGCGAGGGUGCCCCCGUUGCACCAGUACGACCCGCCUCGCCACUCCCUCCAAAUGUACCCACUGGUCCGCGUAAUCAAAACAAAUACAAGGACCGAGACGGAAAUGCGCCUGCUGUAGAUGGUCUGGAUUAUGGCGGUGAUCGGGAUCGAGAUAGCAGAGAAAAAGACUACAGAGACAGAGAUCGAGGAGAAAAGACGAGAACACCUAGUCGAGAGCCAGAAGAUAGAUCCAGUCGAAAACGUCGAAGCUCACCUAGCCUGGAUGACGGUCGUGGUUCCAAGCGACGAUGA